AUGGGGGGAUGGGCGUCCCCACCGAGUCCCAGGUCCGGAGGAGGGGGCGGCGCGCGGAGCCUCGGGGAAGCGCCCCCCGCCGCUGGCCCGCACCCUCGCCCGCUGCGGGCCGCGCCCGAGACCCCGCUGCAAACCCGAGGAACAGGGUGUGGAAAAGCGGCGGCGACGGCAUCAGAGCGCAUCACUUACCCCUCACUGCUGAGAGGGACCGGACGGGGGGGGGCGGGGCGCGCCGCGUCCCGUGAGUCUUUCGCAAGCGUCCUCCUCCACCCUGUCGUCGUCGCCGGUCGAGCUCUGGGCCCCUCGGCGCUGCUGGGCAAUAACGUUAUUCCACACACGCUCCGCACAUAG